AUGUCUAAGGAUAGUUUAGAAAAAGUGAACUACAUCACCAGUGUAGCCUCUAUUAGAGAGGAGACUGGUGUUCAAACCAACAAACUCGUGGGCCUAGAGCUCUUCGAACAUGCAGAGGAAAUCCUGGAAGAGGAGUUCGAAAGAGAACUUGCCAGUAUCAAACGCAAAGUGGACUGGAGAAUCGUGCCAGUGUUAUGUAUCACAUACACCUUGCAGUUCUUGGACAAAUUGAGUUUGAACUAUGCCUCUGCUUACUCACUCAAACAAGACUUACACCUCACUGGCAAUAGAUACUCAUGGGUAGCUGCCAUCUUCAACUUUGGAUACAUGUUUUGGGCGUACCCGUCGAAUUACAUUAUCCAAAAGGUUCCCGUUGCAAAGUACACCUCUGCCAUGCUUUUGGUGUGGGCCAUCAUCUUGAUAGCUCACAUCGGCGCCACCAACUUUGGUGGAAUGUUGGCACUUCGGUUCAUUCUAGGCAUGUUCGAGGCUGGUAUCUCGCCAACAUGCAUGAUGAUCUGUGGUAUGUUCUACUCCAAAGAGGACCAACCCUUCAGAAUGUGCACAUUUUUGAGUUUCAAUGGAAUUGCCACCAUUGUGGGUGCUCUCCUAGGCUUUGGCUUGGGCCACGCACACAACACGGCUUUGGAAUCUUGGAAACUCAUCUUUUUGACCAUUGGACUCUUGAAUUUUGCAUGGGCCAUUGCGUUCUACUUCCUUACUCCUGACUCUCCAGCUACGGCUAGUUUCCUUACUGAGAGAGAAAGAACAAUUUUGAUUAAGCAUAUUUCCAAGAACAACCAGGGUGUCAAGGAUCAACGUUUCAUUUGGUCGCAGGCUUGGGAGGCCGUUGGCGAUUUGCAAGUAUACAUUUUCGCUUUGAUCGGUUUGGCAUGUGGAAUUAUCAAUGGUGGUGUAUCUAACUUCCAAUCUUCUUUGAUUAGGGGUUUCGGAUUCUCACCAUUGUUGACCACCGCCCUUCAGAUGCCAACUGGUGCUAUAGAGUUCGUUGUGGUCUUUACAGCUGGAAUCGUUGCUCUUAAAGUGCCAAAUUCUCGUUGUAUCAUUUUCUGCUGUCUCUGUGUUCCUGGAUUAGCUGGUCUCAUCGGAAUACACUUGAUUCAUGACAACAGAUGGGCUUCGGUUGGAUGCACUUGGUUGCAGUACAUUAUUGGAGGACCUGUGAUCUUAUGUUGGAUUUUCAUUAAUGCCAACAUUAGUGGAAGCACGAAAAAGACCACUACUUCGGGAAUCUGGUUUGCAGUGUACGCUGCUGGUAACAUUGUUGGUGCUAAUAUCUUCUACUCUAAAGAAGCACCCAGAUACAACACUGCCAUGACAGCCUUGAUUGCUUGUUAUUCUGGAAUGAUUGCAUUGGGAAUUUUUUACUUCUUCCUCUGCAAGUGGCGCAAUAGCAAAAGAGAUAAGGAACAAGGUGGAUACACCGAAGAUAUCAAGCAACAGGCCAUUAUUGAUGGAUUUAAGGGAUUUACAGAUCGUCAAAACAGAGGUUUUAGAUACUCUUUAUAG